UUCUAAUCGGUCUUAUUUUCAACAAACCAAUUUUUUAAAAAAUAUGGUAUUAUAAUCUAUUCUAAAUCUCUUUAUUUUGUAAAGUCGUGAAUUUAAUUCUCACCUUUAAUAUUUAAUGAGUUUAAAAAUUUUCAUAAUUAAAUUGUGAGUUAGGUACUUAAAUCUUCAUCUUCUAGUUUAUCUAUUAAUUUUAGGGGGUAUGCUAUCAUGCACGUGAGCAAGGGUGUGUAGCACAUUUAUGUACUUACUAGUUAGGCUCUUACGGGAAGGGAAGUUUGAGUGGUCAUCUCCCAUUUUGAAGCAGCAACCACGCUAGCUCCCUACUGCUGCGGCUCUAGUACCAAAAAUGAAGAUCCCCACCGUCCAGAUCGUGUCGCACGAGACCAUCAAGCCCUCGUCCCCCACCCCUCCCCACCUCCGCUCCUACAAGCUCUGCUGGAUCGACCAGCAGACCCCAGUCAAGCACCUCCCCGUCACCCUCUUCUACAGCUGCACUCGUCGGCCUCAAACCGCCACCGUCGAAGCCAAGAUCGCCGCUCUGAAGGCCUCCUUGUCGGGAGCCUUGUCCCGGUACUACCCGCUCGCCGGCCGGCAGAAAGGCAGCUCCCUCGUCGACUGCGCCGACGACGGCGUCGACUUCUACGAAGCCCGCGCUGACGUCGAGCUCUCCGAUGUGCUCGGCCGCGACGGCGCACCCGAUGAAGAAUCUGAGAGCAAGAUCAUGCCCUGCGCCAGGAGCUGCUGCGGAUCCGACACCGGAGUUCUACUCUCCGUGCAGGUUUUAGUUAAAAACGUCAACAACGUACCCAUACAUGCAUUAUUAAUUCUUAAGAAGAAGAAGAAGAAGAAGAAGAAGAAGAAAAGGUUAGUGCAUGCGGGUUUUAAUUAUUAUAUAUCUUAUAUGCAUGUAAUGUAAC